ACUUUCAGGCUCCGGAAACCUACGUCUUUCAGCCUCGGCUGUUUUUGAGUUGCAAAUGAUCAGAGAAGGGUGAACUGCAGGCAGCCUGUGUUGCUGCCUGGAAGUAGAUUUCCAUCUUUCAGACACUAGUUCCAAUGGGCCGGGUGUUCUGGAAGGGGGUGGCAGUGGAGAGGAGGAUGCUGUGAGCAGAGUUCUUGAAGCUCCACUCCUCUGGGGAAGCCGAGCUGUGUGGGAGCCUUCUUACUGUGCGGGAAGCGUGUGAAUUGGAAAGGAUCCUGAGAGCUGGCUAGUCCCAGUUCCUCUCCGGAAAAGCAGUGGCUCUCGCUUCAGAGAUGCGCCCAGCUUUCGCCUGCAUCACACUGCAUUCUUUAACACAUUAUUGAAAUUACAAACAUCCAAAGCAGUUUCAUGUGGACAGAUUGCAUAUUCUGAAAGCCUGAGAUAUUUUAUCAUGAAACACGCCAUGUGGAAUCUUUGAAGCGUAGAUCUCUGUGCAGCAGCUGAAUAAAGAAUCUUUCACCUGGUAUGUGACAGAGCUUCUCACCACCACCAUGACAAACCAGGAAAAAUGGGCCCACCUCAGCCCUUCAGAAUUUUCCCAACUUCAGAAAUAUGCUGAGUAUUCUACGAAGAAAUUAAAGGAUGUUCUUGAAGAAUUCCAUGGUAAUGGUGUGCUUGCAAAGUAUAAUCCUGAAGGGAAACAAGACAUUCUUAACCAAACAAUAGAUUUUGAAGGUUUCAAACUAUUCAUGAAGACAUUCCUGGAAGCCGAGCUUCCUGAUGAUUUCACUGCACACCUUUUCAUGUCAUUUAGCAACAAGUUUCCUCAUUCUAGUCCAAUGGCAAAAAGUAAACCUGCUCUCCUAUCAGGCGGUCUGAGAACGAAUAAAGGUGCCAUCACCCCUCCCCGGACUACUUCUCCUGCAAACUCAAGUUCCCCAGAAGUAAUCCACCUGAAGGACAUUGUCUGUUACCUGUCUCUGCUUGAAAGAGGAAGACCUGAGGAUAAGCUUGAGUUUAUGUUUCGCCUUUAUGACACGGAUGGGAAUGGCUUCCUGGACAGCUCGGAGCUAGAAAAUAUCAUCAGUCAGAUGAUGCAUGUUGCAGAAUACCUUGAGUGGGAUGUCACUGAACUUAAUCCAAUCCUCCAUGAAAUGAUGGAAGAAAUUGACUAUGAUCAUGACGGAACCGUGUCUCUGGAGGAAUGGAUUCAAGGAGGAAUGACAACAAUCCCACUUCUUGUGCUCCUGGGCUUAGAAAAUAACGUGAAGGAUGAUGGACAGCACGUGUGGCGACUGAAGCACUUUAACAAACCUGCCUAUUGCAACCUUUGCCUGAACAUGCUGAUUGGUGUGGGGAAGCAGGGCCUCUGCUGUUCCUUCUGCAAAUACACAGUCCAUGAGCGCUGUGUGGCUCGAGCACCGCCCUCUUGCAUCAAGACCUAUGUGAAGUCCAAAAAGAACGCUGAUGUCAUGCACCAUUACUGGGUUGAAGGUAACUGCCCAACCAAGUGUGAUAAGUGCCACAAAACUGUUAAAUGUUACCAGGGCCUGACAGGACUGCAUUGUGUUUGGUGUCAGAUCACACUGCAUAAUAAAUGUGCUUCUCAUCUAAAACCUGAAUGUGACUGUGGACCUUUGAAGGACCAUAUUUUACCACCCACAACAAUCUGUCCAGUGGUACUGCAGACUCUGCCCACUUCAGGAGUUUCUGUUCCUGAGGAAAGACAAUCAACAGUGAAAAAGGAAAAGAGUGGUUCCCAGCAGCCAAACAAAGUGAUCGACAAGAAUAAAAUGCAAAGAGCCAACUCUGUUACUGUAGAUGGACAAGGCCUGCAGAUCACUCCUGUGCCUGGUACUCACCCACUUUUAGUUUUUGUGAACCCCAAAAGUGGUGGAAAACAAGGAGAACGAAUUUACAGAAAAUUCCAGUAUCUACUAAAUCCUCGUCAGGUUUACAGUCUUGCUGGAAAUGGACCAAUGCCAGGGUUAAACUUUUUCCGUGAUGUCCCUGACUUCAGAGUGUUAGCCUGUGGUGGAGACGGAACCGUGGGCUGGGUUUUGGAUUGCAUAGAAAAGGCCAAUGUAGGCAAGCAUCCUCCAGUUGCAAUUCUGCCUCUUGGGACUGGCAAUGAUCUAGCGAGAUGCCUGCGAUGGGGAGGAGGUUAUGAAGGUGAGAAUUUGAUGAAAAUUCUAAAAGACAUUGAAAACAGCACAGAAAUCAUGUUGGACAGGUGGAAGUUUGAAGUCAUACCUAAUGACAAAGAUGAGAAGGGAGACCCAGUGCCUUACAGUAUCAUCAAUAAUUACUUUUCCAUUGGCGUGGAUGCCUCCAUUGCACACAGAUUCCACAUCAUGAGAGAAAAACACCCAGAGAAAUUCAACAGUAGAAUGAAGAAUAAAUUUUGGUAUUUUGAGUUUGGCACAUCUGAAACUUUCUCAGCCACCUGCAAGAAGCUACAUGAAUCUGUAGAAAUAGAAUGUGAUGGAGUACAGAUAGAUUUAAUAAACAUCUCUCUGGAAGGAAUUGCUAUUUUGAAUAUACCAAGCAUGCAUGGAGGAUCCAAUCUUUGGGGAGAGUCUAAGAAAAGACGAAGCCAUCGACGAAUAGAGAAAAAAGGGUCUGACAAAAGGACCACCGUCACAGAUGCCAAAGAGUUGAAGUUUGCAAGUCAAGAGUUUCAAACAUUUGCCAGAAGCUAAGGGAGCAGCUGGACUUUCCGCCUGAAACCUCAUUAAGUAGGUGACUGUCUACCCUGCAUAUGGAUACAACUGUCCAGGUACCCAUCAUGCAAAAGUUUAUUUAAAAACUAAUUAACAUAUUAUAUUGUCCAGACAAGUUUCAGUGAUUUCAUUCACAUUUAACAAUGCUACUCUUUUCUUUGGGCAGAAUUUCCCAAAACCCAGCAAGGACUCCACUGAUGGAAAAUGAGAUGGGUUAGUGGGUACAUGGACGAAAAUUUUAAAAGUUUAAUGGUUUUAUAUUUACUAUUACAGUUGUCUUCUCUUUGUGGUAAGAAAUGCUGAGGUUUUUACUAUCAUAUAAUAUAAAUCAAAAUUUCUUUUAAAAAUUAAUUCAUUUAAGUAAAAAUAGAGUAAAACAACCCACCUGAUAAUUUAGAAGAUACUUAGAUAUUGCCAAAAUGGUGAAGGUGAAGUCAGAAAGACUGACGUUCAGAAAACUACACUCAGCUGUUGCAGUUUUCACCACCUUGAUAGUGUCUGCAUAGCCCCAUGUGGGAUUACUUAAUCACUUCUAUGCAUUUCACGAAGGCGGCAUAGUGUUCAUGGUUCUUGGUGCAGGCACCAGAUUCCAGCUGGCUGGGCUCAAACCCCAACUCUGCUGCUUAUCUGGACAACUUUGGGCAAGUAACUUCAUCUCCUUGUACUUUAAUCUCCCUAUCUCUAAAAUGGGCACAAAGAAUGAUGCCUUCUUCAUAUGGUGACUGUGAGGAUGAGAAAAGACAGCCCAGAUUAGAAGCUUAGAAUAGGGGCCAGUCUGUAGCAAAUGCCUAGUUAAUGCUAGCUAAUAUCUCUCAUGGAAACACUCAGGACAAAAAAAAAAAAAAAAAAAAAUCAAAUAAGUAACCCCACGUGGAAAUACUUUACUGUAAACAUUGUUUUUAUUCUUCAUCAUCUUGGAUAAAAUUUACUAUGUAUCAUUUCCCCCAGAAUAAACUUUUCCAUACACUUUGCACCAAACAUCCUCAUCCUACCCUAUUUGAUCUCUCUGUGCACUGUUGGGAGAGACUGUGUAUCUGACUGGCUGUCAAGGAGUCUCUCUACUCAAGUGACUUUAUUACUAUUAAUUUUGUUAACUCCCAGAAAUUAUGAAGAAAAGCAAAACAAAGCAAUACAAACCAAAUUGAUCAAAGAGAAUAAAUGAGCUGAUGUCUGUGAAAGCUUGGCAAAACUUAAAUUUCUUUUGCCUCUAAAGAUAAAUAUGGUUUCUAGCUCCAAUGUCUUCAUCUUUAAAGAUGAGUUUUGGAAGAGCUCACUGGUGGUGAGUGCUAGAAGAAAUGAGAUUAAUCUAUGUGUGCUUUACAUUAUAUUACCCAGAUAAUUGUAUGAAGUAUUUCAAUAUUAAGAUUCUCACACUUUGUAUACCUUGUGAAAGUUAUUCUUAUUUGAAAGUUGAUGGCAAUGGAUAUUUGUCAUCCAUUAUUAUCAAUUUUUCUAGACAUUUCUGUGGGUUAUUUAGGGUAAUUUAGAAAGCAGUGUUUUAAGUUGUCUAAAUAUAAAUGCAAUAUUCAUUUUAGAACUGUAGACGAUAUAUUUGGCGUUCGAACACCGGCAAGCAGAACAAUUUCCAAGCAUUUAAUUUCAGUGAUUAAAUCAAUUAAAUUUAGAAACGACAAAAGGAUUUCAUGCAGCAUUAUUAUACCUGGUUGUUAGAAUUGUUGAAAAAGAUAAUGGCAUUUGAGAUGCUGCAUUUCACAAAAAUAUAUGCAUACACUAAUACCAUGAUAUUUUCAUUGGUUGAAAAUAGAUAGAUCCAAACAUUUGCUACCUAGUAACCUUUAAGUAGAUGUCUCAAAAUGAGUUCCUAACUAUGUUUUUAAACUGCUUCCUUUGAAAUUUUUUAGCAAUGUUAAUGCAAAUAAUAGCACAUGCUUAAUAAGACUAAGUAUCAAAAUUGCUGUUAAAUUUAAGAUUACAUCAUAUACCCGGGUAUCUUAAUGUGAUGGCUCUAAGAUUUUUUUCAAGUUAUAAUUUUAAAGUUUGUAAAAACUAAUAAAAAGAAAUUAGAAAAUAUAAGGCAUAUUUCUAAAAUGUAAAAAUAAAAAUAUUUUCAAUAUAUAAUACCAGGUACUCUUAUCUUUUGUUUGGCUAUCCUAUAAAAGCAUAUACAUUAUCGAGACGCAUUAAUGAAAUUUCUAUUUGUCAUAGUACUGUAAAAACUGCAGACACUGGUAGCUCCUAGAAAUUUAAAAAGCACAAACUAGAAAUAUGAAUAAUAUUUUAGAGGAACUGAGCCACUAGAUGACAAUAUUUAGAACAUAUUUUCAUAUCCCUUCUGAAGCUAUACAAAUUACCUUUUCAUGACCAUCAUUAUUGCCCCCUUUCCCCUUGUUCAACAGUAAAAUUUUAAAAAUCUGAUGUGCUGUAUAAUUUUAAAAACAAAAUCUGACAAGCAGUAUAAUGCUAUAACCUUUUACAGUAGAAUUGGUAGGACUGCAAAGUCAUUUUAAAUUGAAUAUAAAAGAUAAGUAAUCAUUUAAACAGAAAAGUGGUGUUUUCUAGUACAUAAAUGAAAUCAUCACCAUUGAUCAUCAACUUCUUCAUUCCUGAAAAGAACUUGAAAUUAGGAAAAUGGACAAAAUCCAAAAAGGUACACAGGAAUGGCAGAAUAAUGAGCAACUUUCUAUCACCUAAUGAAUGUAGGGAAACAAGAAAAAUGAGUUUUUAGCACCAGUCGCAUUUUGAAAACUAUACGGUUUAUUAAUCAAUUUAAUAGUUGCAAGGGAAAAAGGAAAUGAAUGUGUUAACUCGGGAUUUUAAUUAAGGCUCAGAUUGUUAAUCUUGUAUGACUUCUGAGGAAGAAUACCUUGUUUAUUUUCAAAAUUCUAUAUGCUAUUCUAAAACCCUUCUAUAUUUCUAGCUAUUGAAUUUUGCAACUGCAGACAAGGUUAGAAAAUACAAAUGCUUUAAUGGGUAUGUUCUGUAGACCCUGAUAUCUGAUAUCAGUGUAAAAUUAUCAUCUUAUUUGUUUCUGUGGCACAGUUGUCCAAUCCUCUGUCUAUUGAAAAUAGUGGCAGAUCACCUACCUAGAGUAAGGCUGCAUCUUAACUUUAAGUCAAUUUAACAUACGCAGUGGUAGAAAUAUAAAACAGAUUUCCAAACUAAAUAAAUAUUGCCUGAUAACAUAAUGCUCAAGUAAUUAAAUAACACAUAUAGAGUAUACCUUCUAAUACUAGACACAUAAAGUUUCCAAAUAUGAAUCCAUACACAUUUCCUAAAUAUAAAGCUUGAUAGCAAUCUCGCUCUUUGAGGGUAAUGAUUUGAAGCUAAGGUGGUAGAUAGCUCCCCAGAAAAUUACAAUUAUUUUUUUCUAUCAUCAGGAUAUCUGACAAUAAAUUGGGGAGGAUUUUUAAAAAACAUAAGCAUUAAAGGACUAUUAAAAAGACAUGAAAUCAAUUACAGAAAGUAUGAAACAUAAGUCAUGGUUUUUUUUAUUGAUAUUAAAAACCAUUUUCCUUGUUCCUCCAGAUAGAGAAUAGUAACUGAGAAAAACUAUAACCUAAUUGAGAAUAAAACUUCAAUUGUACCAUUUUGUGAAAUGACAUCUCACCAGCAAUUUAAAGUUAUACCAGAAGAGAUAUCAGGCUUUUAUUUUACCUUCUUUAUUUAUAUUUUGUUUUCUAAUAACUUUAAUGGAUGUAAUAUAAUGGCCACACUCUAGCACUUGAUUCUUCUUGCACACAUUUAUCUAAGAAGGGUGAUAGGAGGGUCCAGUGAACUGCAAAGAAACUUGUUUCUUGAAAAAUCAAAUCUCAUCAUCUACUAGUAUUUGAGCUGUAUGAAUCUGAAUUAAACAAAGCAGCUAACCAUUGGAGUUCCACUGCCAUGAGUUUAGUCUCCAUGAAUAUAGUCUUUUAUUAUAUAGAGCUAAUUAUCACAUGAAUAGUAGCUCCUUGGAAGUGUGAAGCCAUUCCGUUUCGUGGAAAUACAUAGAAGCUCAUAUAGUUCACGAGUUCCACCACAUUGAGAGUAAUCAUUCUCUUGGCUUAAUGAAAAUAGUUCCAUUGUUCUUCUUUUAAUAAAUUCGAGUUUAUCAACUCAGGUUAUUAUUUUAAUGUCUGCUUUAGGCAAGGUUUGUUAGCUGUUGUACAGUAUCAGAUAUUAAUCAGAUUAAGUAUUGACGUCUGAAUAUCAUAAGGUGACAGGCAUUUGCAGGAAGAUUACAAAUCUACAUGGAUAAACAUGACUAAUUUAAAAUAGCCCUGGGGAGCAUCUUUUAGAAAGUUCAAAUACCUGAUGAAUGCUGCACUGUUAUUUUAAUUAUCCCAUAAUAUGGCACAAAAUAACAAUCUCAUUUCAUCCUUUUAUUUACAAAGCUGUUUCCAUUAUCAUUAUAUUUUACCUGCUCAGGCUCUGAAAGAUUACUCCUCGUUGAGAGAUUCAUUAAAAGAGAAUAAUUAUAUUAUAUUUCACAGAUUGGCAGAAAGUAAAUGUAUCUUUGAACAAUUCCAUUUCCCUGAGCAGUUGUUCAUUUCAGAGUUGAAGACAGGUCUAUUAAGUACUUUCUACCCUUUUUAAACAUGUCAAAGCUAACUAUUAAUACUGAAAUUAGUAAUUUGGCUCUGGUUUAAUAAAAAAUCAGCUGCUAUUUGUAAAACUGAAUUUCUGUGAAUAAAACAAACAAUAUUUUCAAAAAUACUGACUAACAAAGAACAUUAAGUAAUUUUAUUUUGCAGAAUAUAUAAAUGCAUGUCUCUUCUGAUAAUUAAAGCCCUUAGCACACUGUCUUGCUUUCCUACUAACGCUUCUUAACCCAAAAAGCUACAUAAAACAUAUUUUCUUACUAAGUCUAUGACAUUCAAAUUUUCAGAGUAUCCUGUUAGAAGAAUAGUAAGAGAUGGAAAGUCAACUAGUAUCAGAAAACAUUCCAUUUUUAGAUUUACUGCAAGAACAUUUCAUGGAAUUUGUGAUAAAAAGUUUUAUUCAAAAUUAAAAAGUCAUGUGCACAAAAAUGUGACUUCCAUAUAAAAUAGAUUUGAGAAGUCAUUUCAUAUUUUAACGUGUUUUUGCCAUGAAAUAACCUAACUAUGUUCACUUGCAAGUAACUGAGGAUGCUACUUAUACAUUUCUCUAGUAAGUAAUUGAGCAAAAAUGAAAUAUUGUGUUAAUCAGUGACGGCUUUACAAGAAUUUUUAUACUUGGUGAUAAAUACUUUUUUCCCCAAAUGUCCUCAGUAUUUUUGUCUUUUUUUUCAUGACAUCACUUUGGCCAGCUCACCACGAGUGCAGUAUUAGAAUAUCUAGUGAGUCUAGUGGGAAGCAAGGAGUCAAUGCAUCUUUUACUCAGUCUGAAAGUAUGAAAAUGCUCUUUUGAUUUUAAAAAGACAGUAAUUGUAUCAAAUUUAACAAUUUAAAAUGUGUGUAGGAUUUGAGGAGCCCUCAGAUAUGCAAUGAAGUAAUCUGCGUGUCUCAUUUUAAAAGUAUGUUAACUAAAAUAUACUGACAUAUUAACAGUGGUGUUUUGAGUUGGAUAUUUUAUACCUUUGUGUAGUUAGAUAUUAUUUUCAAUUCUUUGUUAAUACAUUUUCUCUUUCUUUUUAAAUUACUGGAA